AUGAAUUUAGUCAUAAAUUUAUCUAAAAUUCUUGUAAUUGGCAUAUCACCAACGUUAUGUGUUUUUUUAUGUAUGUCUAUAUUUUCUAAUGGAUGGUUAGCGAUGUAUACUAUGCACUGGAUAUGCAUGAUGAUACUUCCAUGUUUAUAUACGAGGAAUUUUUAUAUUAAUGAAAAAUAUGUAAAAUUAAAACUAGAGAAGAUGGAUAUUUGUAUAUAUAUUGGAUGUAUUUCUUUUAUUUUUGUAUUUUUUACAUUUAUUUUUUAUUUAUUUUCAUUUGGACCAUUAUUAUGGCUUGAUAUAUUAAAUAUAAAAAAUAUUAAGGAGAAAUUAAGAUUUCAGAAUAUUACUUCAAAAGAAGGGAAAUUUCCAGCUUUUUCAAUGUUUUCUUGUAUAUAUUUUCUUAUAUUAAAUCCAUUUAUUGAAGAAAUAUUUUGGAGAUCCUUUCUUCAAAAUGAGAUAGAAUCAUGUAUUCAAACAUUUAAUUAUAGAAAUGAAUUAAUACAUUCAGAAGUGAAUUUAUUAUCUUCAGAUAACAAAGAAUCAACAUUUAAAUAUAUAUCUGUGAAUAGAUUGAGUUUAAUGAAAUUUAAUGAGAUUACAAGUAUAAUAACUUCUAUUUUGUAUUCUUUAUAUCAUUAUAUAGUAUUCAGCAAUAUAAUAUCUGUAAAGUUUGCUAUAUUGUCUUGUAUUCUAUUAGUUUUAGUCGGAAGAUUCUUGAUAUAUGUUAUUAUUGAAUUCGGAUUAAUUAAAGCUAUUUGUAUUCAUAUAGGUAUUGAUCUAUCUGUCGUUUUAUCAUUGGGAUUAAUAGUAGUUAAUACUUAG